GAUCCGACGGCACCCGAGGCGGUGUAGGCUGGCAAAACUGCUCCCGGGAAGGAGGCUCCAGGAUGAUCCACGCGGUCGCGCCCCGCACCCACCGGCGGCGCCACGGAGACGCAGGGUUCUCCAGAUCCUCCAAGCGCCGUCGGCGCCACCACACCAGACACGCACUGUUCACGAGGCCUCAAAGGGUGGAGGCGGUGGCCCGGGGCCGACUCCCAGGUGACCGCCAAUUUGGUCCCAAGACACUUCAGGAUCUCGAAACCGAUGGAGGACGGCGCGGUUCUAAGAGAGGGCGCCAAAGGCGACGCGCUGGCGGCAAGCUCCAAGCCAACCAGGCCCGUUGCGUCCGUCCGUCUGCAGGAACCUGUCUCUUCACCCUGCAUUGGACGCUGAGCUUCGGAGAGGAUCUGGCUGCGUGAGGAUUCAACGCCAGGGCGCCGCCUAGAGGACAAGAGGGGAUAUAAACUGUUUGAAGUUCAUCAGCACGGUGAAGUUUUAUUGUAUUUCCUCCGGUCCCUAAGAUUUACACCCUGAAAAAGAAACCGGCAGCCAGGCAGACUCCCUUCUUACCUCCGAGUUUCCACACCGGGGGGACACACACACACACGUGGCCAAGUGGACACUUGCCUUCAGGAGCAGAGAGGGAGGGAACCGGCUCCAACCGACUCUCCCUCACGGGCUCAGGUAAGUUUCUCAAGUCUAAGAGGCCUCUGACAGUUAUGGCAUCAACUGAGUCACAACCUGUGAGGAUGUGCAAAGUGACUUUGUAGGGAUGGAAGAGAGCGGGAGACA